AUGACUGGGUUGUUCAUGGAUGAUUCGGCGUCGGAGCCUGAAGAUGGCUACGCUGCGGUCGGCGAAACCAUCAAGUACACUCUGGCAAUCACGAACAACGGGCACGCCGUGCUGAACGACGUCACCGUCCGCGAUGCAUCGCUGGUCUCAGGCGGUCAGUCGACCCUGGUCUGUACCGAGGCCUACGUCGUUGAAGGAGACGGCGUGGUUUUGGCGUCUUCGCUGGCCUUGGACGCCGAGGUGACGUGCACCGGUUUUCAUGCGGUCACGGCCGCCGAUGUGGACAACCUUGAGCGACACAGCUCGGCAUCCGUGACGGCUGUGGACGUGUACAUGACGGAGAUACAGGAUGAGAGAACCGUGACCGUGGGUCUCGACCAGGUCGGCUCUGUCCAACUCCGUCUCGAAUCGACCUACGCCAACAAGGGCAAAAACGCCACCACAGCCGACGAGGUCAAGUACGUAUACACCAUCGAGAACAACGGCCUGCUGACUCUAUACAACAUCGCGGUCCAUGCGGAGGGUCUGGUGGACAUCGUCUGCGUCAACACCGACGGGGAUAGUGUGUCUGGGUCGAGCCCCGGGAGAGUCGAGGACCUCGCCGGCUACCCCAGCGAUGGCUUGGCUCCCGCAGGGUCUCUCACAUGCAGUGCCACGGGCAGCGUGUCUCAGGCAGAGAUCAACGCUGGAGCGAAGAAGGAUACUGUGACGGCAUUUGCUUACCACGAGGAUACCGCCGAUCACCUGGAUAGCGAUGCCAUCAAGAGUGAGCCGGCCACGUCGACCAUCAACCUAAACCAGGUGGCCGAUAUUGACAUGGUCAGUCGGUUGACCUAUGUUGCGAUUGAUCUUGACACGGCCCUGGCCGGAGUGGGAGAAUCCAUCGACUUUGAAGUCACGAUGACCAAUGGCGGAAACGUGGACAUUGACAACACCGUGGUGUCCAACGAACUGUUCAAGAACGAUGCCGGUGGCUACAACCUUGACUGCGGCGGCGACAUUCCCAGCCCCUGGCUGGUCGACACGUCAUUCACGUGCACCGCCAUGUACACGCUGAGCCAAGCCGACAUCGACGUUGGCUCCGUCAGCAGUACUACGAGCCUGAGAGGUGAACCGGCGUCCGGAGGGUUCAUCGCGAACUCCUCCACGGUGACCGAGACUCUACACAGAACCGGGCUUCUAUCCGCCACGGCUGCGUGCACUAUGCCAGAUGCGGGCGACAUCGGCCACUCCGCCGGGGACCAUAUCGCGUACACGAUCGACCUCAGCAACACUGGUUCAAAGGUGCGGGACACGUAG